AUGUCUUUGAAGCAGGAUAAAACUUCAAAAAUCAUUGAAAAAUGCAUUGCAACCAUUGACGCGAAUGCACCCAUCAAUAUUUCCUUCAUCACUCAACCCAUCUCAAAAGCAUGCGUGGAUCGUAUCAAAUCGUUAGAGAAAAUAUACAGUCAAUCAAAAAUAUACCAGUUUUUGAUCAGAAAAGGCGUUUAUCCAACACUGUUGUUUUCAGCUGUCAGUGGUGGUGUUGGUUAUGGCGCCUAUCGUACAUAUCAUCGUUCAACAAGGCUCGCAUUAAAUUUAUUGGGCGUUGUUUAUCCAACAUAUUGCUGUUGGCAUCUUGUGAAAAGUCAAUUACAUGGACAGGAAGAACAACUCAGGUCUUGGUUGACCUAUUGGAUGAUAUUCGGAUCGUUUCAAGUGCUGGAUCACUGGAUGGCUUCAGAUCUUUUUAUGUUUUCAAGAAAAAAGUACAAUCUAUACAAGUUGCUUAUUUUAUAUUGGGCGCAGAGUCCUCACUCUAAGGGAGCGCUCUUACUUUACCGCCAUGUGAUUCAAAAGCCAAUCUUGAAAUCAUUAGAUCAAGAGCAAGAAGAAGAGGAGGAUAAGGAGGAGAAGGAGAGCCAUCUAUCAAUCGAAAAAGAGCAACAGCGCAUUGACAGCUAUCGCAUCAUAGAUGGUUACAGUCCACCAAAUCUGAUGACAUCCUGUGAGGGUCAAAACGAUGGUAAUAACAGUGUUAGCAGCCAUGGUAGUAGCAGUAGUAGUAAUAGCAGUGAUGAUGAAUCAGAGCGUUUAAAAUAUCAUCAGCAACAAGAGCGUCAAUCCUUGAGUAGUUUAUCGAAUGAGAAAGAGGCAUUUCCGCCCUUACUCAUGAAUACUGCGGAAGCUGCUUGGUAG